AUGUAUCAAGUAACUGGUUGUGGAAGACUCAUGGAUGUGACCAAAACAACUAUUAUAACAGGCAAUUGCCCAAAAACAACCACUGAAUCAAUAACAACUGACUUAACCACCACUAUCAAAACCACAGCGAAUACACCGACUACUACUGAAUCAAUUACAACUGACCUGUCAACCACGAAGAAUGUACCAACUACAACUGAAUCAAUUACAACUGACUUGUCAACCACUAGUAUUACAACGUCGGGUUCAGAAAUGAUAUCGCCCACUUCACCGACUCAUCAAGUAACCGAAUCAGCAACAACCACAGUAUCAUCUAAAACUAACCCAACAACUACCACAGAACCAACAGAACCACCUAUGAUUACCACAACUAAGCAAGAAACCUCAUUUAAACAAAGAACAGAGUCUCUACCAUAUACAUCCAAUGGAUUUAGUGUAAAGACGUGA